AUGAAAGCUGCAACAUUUUUACUAGCAGAGGACAUCAAGUACUCUCCAGAUGAAGCUUCCCUAGCAGAGGACAUCAAGUACUCUCCAGAUGAAGCUUCCCUAGCAGAGGACAUCAAGUACUCUCCAGAUGAAGCUGCCCCAUUGUUGAGCAAGUACAAUUUUGCACAGUGA